CAUACCUGCAUGGUGCUUUCAUACAACCUGCUUCACUGUUUGGGACUUUAGAAACAACUGAUGCCCUAAACUUGGGAUAUGCCUAAAAAAAUGAAACAUCUUGGCGUUCCAAAUGGCCACCUGUCCCUGGCAGUCUCAGAUGGAGACUUGAACUGCCCUGAGGUGGAUGGGCAGCAUGGAAGCAGUCAGAGCCUGAACAGCAAAGCUAGCCAGCCCAGUGUGAAAAGACGGGGUCAUCGUGAGGUUGAGGGGUCAGUGGCCAGCUGGGCGGUCUCCUUUGAGAGGCUCCUUGAGGAUCCCACAGGGGUCCGCUACUUUACGGAGUUCUUGAAAUCAGAAGUUAGUGCUGAGAAUAUACUAUUCUGGCAGGCGUGUGAGAAAUUCAGACAGAUCCCGGCAGAUCACAAGCAUGAGCUUGCCAGGGAAGCCCGGAUGAUUUACGACACCUACCUGUCAGUCAGCGCGUUCAAUGCCAUUAACAUUGAUGACACGGCCCGCAUGGAGGAGAGUGAGCUGGGGGACCCCAAGACAGAUAUGUUUGCAAAGCCACAGCAGCAGAUCUUUAAACUCAUGAAGUUUGACAGCUAUACCCGCUUUGUAAAGUCCCAGCUGUACCAGAGCUGCAUGCUGGCCAAUGUGGAAGGAGUAUCCCUGCCUGACCUUUGCCCUGGCUCCAGGAGCCCAGGGUCUAUAAUAAGCCCAGCCAAUCACAGUCCAGCAUUGAGUGACUCCUUCAAGAAGAAGAAAAAGGUGAAAGUUGGGGUAUCUCUUCCAUUCGACUCAGAGGACUUUUCAUCCAGAAAGAGAGCAAUGCUGGACGGUCAACCGGGUCCAGAGAAAUCAAGCAAAAGGGACAAGAGGAGAGAGAAGCGAGGCUCCUGGGGAGAAUUCUCUGACCACAGUCCAAUGAUGGAGGGGCGCCGUGAGUCCCAGUCCUCAAUCCAUUCAGCCUCCAGCCUAGAGCUAGGACAACUUGGGUCCCUUUCCAACAAAUCUGAGAACGGCAGGUCCAGCCCUCGCUGUCAGGAUGCAGAGAAGGAGGGCCGGACUGUGAAGUACUGCUGUGUUUACCUCCCUGAUGGCACUGCCUCCCUGGCCCAGGCACGCUUCGGGCUCACCGUCCGGGACAUGCUGUCUGGAAUCUGUGAGAAGAGAGGAAUCCCAUUGUCUGGAGUCAAGAUCUAUCUGCAGGACAAGGACAAGCCUCUUUCGCUUGACCAAGACAGCUCUGUCCUGAUGGACAAGCAGGUGCUGUUGGAGACCAGGAUAACAUUUGCGUUAGAAAUGGUGCCUCUCAAUAAAACCAUUGGCAUUGCCGCUAAAUCCAGUAAGACAUUGCUUGAAGCCCUGGAACCCAUCAUGGACAAGAAUGGUCUGAAGUUGCAGGACAUGGAAACUACAAUUAGUGGAGAAAUGCAUCCUUUAAAAAUGAACAUGCCAGUCAAGUCCUUGGCCAACAAGAAAGUGGUUCUGGACAGAGUAAAAGGUAAAAAUAACACGAACCUCCCCUGUGCUCCAGUGAUCCAGGUUAAUUCGAGUUCAGCAGCAGCAGCUGUGGAUGUGAAGAAGGCAGAAAUGUCUAUGUUGGCCAGAAAUCAAAUCAGAGGGAACACCAAAGCCAGAAAUGUUAUGCAGAGGAGAACUUACGAAAUGGAAGGACUGAUCGAUCUGCUGUCAAAAAUGCAGAGCUGCCGAGUGGAUGACCAGCGGGGACUUCUGAAUAAGGAGAACUUGGUUAUCCCCCAAUUCCUGCAGCUGCCUGUGAAUGAAGAGGAACCAGAUGAGGAUGAGGGCACCACAGCAGAAGAAAUGUCAAUUAGUCCCUGACCUGGCAACAGCAUGGUCACGGGUGAGGGCCGCAGGCAGCACAUUGAAGUGAACGCAGAAACCAUCUCUGAAUCUCCACGGUCUAAAGAGUCUCCUUCCAAGUUACUGCACGCAAAUGAGCGACUAAACCACAGUGCUGGAGCAGACAAUGAUUCGGACAGACAACUCUUGCAAAAGCAACUAAGCAGCAAAGCGACAAACAGCAAUGGACCCUCAACACCGACUCGCUGUGCAAAAUCUGGUACUGAAACCGUUCCGUGAUCAGAGAGACAGGUGGAACAUAGAUGCACCUUAAUAAAUACAGAUUUCAUUUUAAUGUUGACAGGUUUUGCUUUCUUUUUUGCUUUGACUGGAAGAUAUGCAGCCCUUUUAACUGCUGACCAGUGAAUUGAAUUUGAAUGAUCCUGUGUUGCACAGGGAAGGACCUCAGCAGUGAGAGGACAGUGUUGAGUUUUUAUUUAUACUCUUUCUAUUUAUUUAAUCAUGCACUGUAGGAAGAGACACCCCCAGAACCAACCAGACUCGAAACAUUUUUAUUUUAAUUCGAGGCAGAUCUGCCAAUCCUUCUAUACAUAUGAAGGCCAGUUUCUAUGUCCAGGAAUUCUUGGUCCAUAUUGCCAGAUAGCAACUUUUGGACUCCUUUUUACUGAUCGAUGCGAAAUAGCACAAAUGGUCAAAAUUGAUCAAAAUCCCAGCCUGAAAAAGUGCGGUGUCCUUUUUAGUUGUUAAUGUAUUGGAAGAUGAACUACUGUAAUUGAAGAAUGUGGUAAGAAAUACAUAAAUGUUAACUGGGCCAUGUUAAUUUAUUGUUCAAUGUGCUGGACACAAUGCAACAUAAUACUCAUUCACUCAUCUCCUAUGAUGACACUAUUAGACAUGCGAUUCAGUUAAAUUCACAAUAGAGUAUUUUUUAUUUGUCACUCUUCAUUUGUGGAAUCUACAAUAAACUUGCAUUCCACACAA